UGCUCGCCUUCCACGCCUGCGUCGUACGUCUCCGGUGCGCACGCCGGUGGCCCCGCCCCUCGCGCUGUACCACGCCCUCACAGGCUCCGCCUCUGCCGCCUGGAUCCCACCCCUCUAUCUGCAGGACCCUGAAACGUAAUGAUCCUACAACAGCCCCUGGAGCGAGGCCCCCCAAGUCGGGACCCACGGGCCACCACUGGGGUGGCUCGCGGCCUGGACGCCAGGGAGCCCUUGCACAAGCAGUUUCUUUCCGAGGAGAACAUGGCCACCCACUUCUCUCGACUCAGCCUACAUAAUGACCACCCCUACUGCAGUCCCCCUGUGACUUUCCCCCAGGUCCUGCCACCACUCAGGAGCUCUUGUCCAGAGCUGCUUCUCUGGCGCUAUCCUGGGAGCCUGAUCCCUGAGGCCCUCAGGCUACUGAGGCUGGGGGAUACCCCCAGUCCCUUCUACCCUGCAUCCCCAGCUGGGGACAUCAUGGAGCUCUAAGUGCUGACGGCCAGUGUCCCUCCCCACCUUGUUCCUGGACAACAAAGAUCAGCAACCCCAACCCCGACCCCCCCCAGAAGGAAGAGGUCCUUCCCCCUGUAACAGGAUAGAUGAUACUGAACUCAGAGAAACCCUGAAUGGGAGGGGCAGCAGCUUGGGAAGGGGAAAGUGUACCCUAUUAGUGAAUAAAGAUUUCUGAGAAGUUGAAGGUUUCUCAACAGCCUUUGAGGAGGGUGGAGUGCUGGAUGCUGGGGUUUCCUCCUCAAAAUCUUCCCUGGAAAACGGUGAAGGCAAGCCAGGUCCUGGCAGGCCGGGCUCCAGGCAUUGAGAAUGUAUGAGUCAGAGCCUCACCCCCCCCCCCGCCCCCGCAGUGGCCAACUGACUCCCUCCCUUCCUCCAGUUCUGGGGAGUCAAGCUAGGGAUCAGGCCAUACUCCAAACCAUUUAAAGUUAAAGAUUCUUUUAUUAAUAAAUUCUCCCUCCCCUCCAAACUUUAUCCCCAAAAUAAAUAUCCCCCCCCUUUUAGAGGA